UCAUCAUCCCCUCCUCCUCCUCCUCCUGAUUCCCGUCCCGCUGCGGCCGCGGCGCACAGAAGCCCUUCAUCAGCGGAAAGGAAUGCAGAGAACUAUGUAAAAGUUUCCGAGUGUCUUUCAGGGGUUACGCAUCACUUUUCUGGCCCGGCUGGAUGUCGUAAGAGCUGGCGGCGGGGCAGGCAGAGCUGGGAGCAGCCCCCCUGUUAAGUAGCUGAUUGUGUGGAGACUCUUCCCACUUGGAAAAGCGGCUCGCCGACGCGUCUGGGAGCCCAAAAAACCCGACUCCACCGGACCACUUCACCUUCUCCCGAUAGUUUUUCCAUCCUGGGGGUUUACAACAAAGGCUUACAUCUCUCUUUUUUUAUUUUUAAUAUUUGGAAUCAAAGAAAACCCAUCAGUCUUCUCUUGUAGCUUCAUUCAUGCGCUGCUGAUCCAGAGGAGCUGAAGAUGAAGAGCAGGCUGUUUCUGGUGGCAGCUGCCCUCCUGGCGCUGCUGCUGUCCUCCACUCAGGCCCAGAACCGAGUGAACCCGCCGUCAGAUUUGAGGUUUAAGAUUUUAAAUGAGAACACGGUGCAGAUGAUCUGGAGCCGACCGCAGUCCACGAUACAGGGCUACAGAAUACAAGUGACCUCCGACACAGGAGAGCUAACGAAAGAAUUUACUCUGCCUGCGUCUUCGACGAAGACCUCCAUCUCGGACCUGAGUCCAGACGUGGAUUACGAAGUGACGAUCUCGGCGUACGCCGGAUCGCAGGAGAGUCUGCCCAUCUCCGGCCGGAUCACCAUUGAGUCAAGUGGCAGCUCCAGAGAACCUUCCAGGAAACCCGACCCUUCGGAAUCAGUCAAGUGCUCUGCGAGCGCCGUGGCCGACGUGAUGUUCCUGGUGGACGGCUCCUGGAGCGUCGGCAGGCCCAACUUCAAGUACGUCCGCAGCUUCCUGUCGGCGGCCGCCGGAGCCUUUCAGAUCGGCGAGGACAGGACGCGGGUGGGCGUGGUCCAGUACGGCGACGACGCCUCCACCGAGUUCCGGCUGGACCAGCACCUGACGCGCCCCGCGCUGCUGCGCGCCAUCAGCUCGCUGCCCUACAAGGGCGGCAACAGCAGGACAGGCAACGCCCUGGACUACCUCCUGAAAACUGCUCUCACCGAGGAGGCCGGCGCCAGGAAGGGUUUUCCCAAAGCGCUGGUGAUCAUCACCGACGGCAAAUCCGAGGAUCCGGUGGAGGGCUACGCCAGGCAGCUCCGGAGCAAGGGGGUGGAGAUCUUUGUGCUCGGUGUCCAACAGGCCGAUGAGGAAGAGAUGAAGCAGAUGGCCUCCACCCCUCACAGAACCCACGUCUACAGCGUCGCCAACUUCGACCAGAUCAGGAACGUGCAGAAGGAGCUCAUCACACAGAUGUGCGGAGGCGUUGAAGAUCAGCUCAACUCCCUCGUCAGCGGAGAAGAAGUCAUCGAGCCCGCCUCCAACCUUCAAGUCCUGGAGGUGGCCUCAAAGUCCAUGCGGGUGACAUGGGAUCCCUCCAUCGGAGAAGUUUCCGGAUACAAGGUCCAGAUGGUUCCCAUGAUGGCCGGCAGCAGGAGGCAGGACCUGUACGUGGGCGCGGGCCAGACCUCGGUGGUGGUCAGAGAUCUUUCACCAGACACUCAGUAUGAGAUCAGUCUGUAUGCUCUGAAGGGUCUGAUGCCCAGUGACCCUGUCACGGUCAUGCAGAAGACUCAGCCAGUUAAAGUCUCAGUGGAGUGCUCUCUUGGUGUGGACGUACAGGCUGACGUGGUCCUCCUGGUGGACGGAUCCUACAGCAUUGGUCUGGCCAAUUUUGCCAAAGUCAGAGCUUUCCUGGAGGUGCUGGUGAACUCUUUUGACAUCGGACGAGACAAGGUUCAGAUCAGUUUGGUCCAGUACAGCAGGGACCCUCACACCGAAUUCUACCUGAACACUCACCACGACCUGAACGCAGUGGUCAAAGCGGUCAGGACUUUCCCAUACCGUGGUGGCUCCACUAACACCGGCAAGGCCAUGACCUACGUGAGGGAGAAGAUCUUCCAGACCAUCAGAGGGGCGCGUGCCAAUGUUCCCCGAGUCACUAUCCUCAUCACUGAUGGCAAGUCGUCCGACGCCUUCCAGGAUCCGGCCACCCGGCUGAGGAACGCCGACGUGGAGAUCUUCGCCGUGGGUGUUAAGGACGCCGUAAGAAGUGAGCUUGAGGCCAUUGCCAACACUCCAGUGGAGACCCACGUGUACACAGUGGAGGAUUUUGAUGCCUUCCAGAGGAUUUCCAAAGAGCUCACACAGUCCAUCUGCCUGAGAAUCGAGCAGGAGGUUCAGAAGAUCUUCCAAAGACAACUGACACAGCCGAGAGAUCUGACCUUCUCCGAGAUCAGCUCCAGGAGCUUAAGGGCCUUGUGGGGGAUCGACGCAAACAACGUGCAGUCCUUUCUGGUUCAUUUCAAGCCGGCCGACGACGUGGACGGACACUUCGUGUCCAUGUCCGUUCCCGGGAAUGACCUCACCGCAUUGUUGCCCCACCUCAACCCCCUCACCCGCUACGAAGUCAAAGUCUACGCCCAGUACGAGAAAGGGGACAGUCUACCUGUGACCGGCUAUGAAACCACUCUGGAAGAAAUGGGCUCCGUUCGCAACCUGCGAGUGUCUCAAGAGACGACCAACAGCUUCAGGGUGUCGUGGCAGCCGGCUCCGGGAGCCGUCAUCCUCUACCGCCUGACCUACGCACCUGUCGGGGAUGAGAGCUCUGUGAUGGAGACCACCACCGGCGGCUCGGAGACCACCACCGUGCUGCAGCGGCUGCAGCCCGAAACCACCUACCGGGUCACCGUCACCCCCGACUACAACUCUCGCCCCGGCGUGCCGCUGCAGACCGACGGCACCACCAAACAAGAUGUUGGCCCUCCGAAAAACCUGGUCACCAGCGACGUGACGGACACCAGCUUCGCGGCGUCGUGGACGGCGGCGCCCGGGAACGUGAAGAUGUACCGCGUCCGGUGGAAGUCGCUGUACACCGAGGAGGCCGGAGAGAAAACGGUGCCCGGCGGCACGACCAGCACCGUGCUGGACGGCCUGACUCCGGAGACGCUCUACCAGGUGUCGGUGGUCGCCGCAUCCGACCGCAGAGAGAGCGAGCCGCUCACCGGGCAGGAGACCACUGAUGCCUCCGCUGCCGCUAAAAGCUUGACGGUAUCGGACGAGACGGAGCGAACCAUGAGAGUGACCUGGAUGAAGGCGCCGGGCAAGGUGGUCAACUACCGGCUGAAGUACGUCCCCACGGGCGGAGGCAAAGAGAUGGUGCUGAAGAUCCCCGCCACGGCCACCUCCACCGUCCUGAAGCGCCUGCAGCCCCGGACCACGUACCGCGUGGCCGUUCUACCCAUCUACAAGCGCGGGGAAGGAAAAGCAAGGCAAGGAGUAGGAACGACACUGUCGCCUUACAAGUCUCCCAGGAACCUGCAGACCUCAGAGCCAAGGAAGAACAGCUUCAGAGUGUCCUGGGAUCCGGCGCCGGGCAACGUUAAGGGAUACAAAGUGACCUUUCACCCCGUAGAGGAUGACGUGGAUCUGGGGGAGCUCCUGGUUGGGCCUUAUGACAACACGGUGGUUCUGGAGGAACUCAGGGCGGGAACCAAGUACUCUGUUGCGGUGUUUGGGAUGUUUGAUGGAGGGGAGAGUUUGCCCCUGGCGGGGGAGGAAAAGACGACCCUGGUGGAGGAUCCCGAGUCUCCCGCCAUCGCUCCUUCGGACACUCAGUGUAAGACCACGGCCAAGGCCGACAUCGUGCUGCUGGUGGACGGCUCCUGGAGCAUCGGCCGCAUCAACUUCAAGACCAUCCGCAACUUCAUCGGACGCAUGGUCAGCGUGUUCAACAUCGGGCCCGACAAAGUCCAGAUCGGUCUGGCUCAGUACAGCGGAGACCCGAAGACAGAAUGGCACCUGAACGCUCACCCCACCAAAGAGUCGCUGUUGGACGCCGUCGCUAACCUGCCCUAUAAAGGAGGGAACACCAUGACAGGAAUGGCUCUGAACUACAUCCUCCAGAACAACUUCAGGGAAAACGUGGGGAUGCGUCCGGACUCCCGUAAAAUCGGUGUCCUGAUCACUGACGGAAAGUCGCAGGAUGAAGUCAUCUUCAACUCUCAGAACCUGAGAAACAACGACAUCGAGCUGUACGCCAUCGGUGUGAAGAACGCCGACGAGAACGAGCUGAGGUCCAUCGCCACCGACCCCGACGAAAUCCACAUGUACAACGUCAACGACUUCCAGUUCCUGCUGGACAUCGUGGACGACCUCACGGUCAACCUGUGCAACAGCGUCAAGGGUUCAGAUGACGGUGAACUGGAGGCGCCGACCGGACUGGUGACCUCGGAGGUGACCCACCGCUCCUUCCGCGCCACCUGGACGGCGCCUGGCGGUCCCGUGGAGAAAUACCGCGUCACGUACAUGGUGGCUUCCGGAGGACCCACCCAGGAGCUGCUGGUUGACGGGACGGUGACGAGCGUGGUGCUGGAGAACCUGACUCCCCUGACCGAGUACCUGGUCAACGUCUACUCCGUGGUGGGCGAGCAGAGCAGCGAGCCCCUGAAGGGCACAGAGACCACCUUGCCGCUGCCGGCCGCGACCAACAUGAACGUUUACGACGAGACCAUGAGCACCAUGAGGGUGAGCUGGGACGCGGCGCCCGGCGCGACGGGCUACAUGCUGCUGUACAGACCCCUGAACGGCACCGCCGACCCGCAGGACAAAGAGGUGCGCGUUGGGGGAGACGUAACCAACACCCAGCUGGUGCAGCUGACUCCCAACACGGCGUACAGCAUCAAAAUCUACGCGAUGCACGGAGAAGCUGUCAGCGAGCCUCUGGAGGGGAGAGGAGUCACCUUGCCCAUGCCAGCCGCCGGCGCCCUGAGGAUCUCCGACGUUACUCACAGCACCAUGAGGCUUAACUGGGACGCCGCGCCCGGCGCCGUCCUCAAAUACAUCAUCACCUACAAACCGGACGAAGGAGACCUGAAGGAGGUUGAAGUUGAUGGCGGUACCACCACCACGGUCCUGACCAACCUCAUCUCCCAGACCGAGUACGACGUGGCCGUCACCCCAGUUUACGAGGAGGGACCGGCGGUCCCAAUGCUCGGAACCGCCAUCACCGACGUCGUUCCCGCCCCCAAGAACCUGCAGUUCUCCGAGGUCACCCAGAACUCCUUCAGAGCCACCUGGGAGCACGGGGCCCCGGACGUGGCCCUGUACCGCAUCGGCUGGACCAGGAGAGGGGAGGUCGACGAUUUCUCUGCCAUCCUGAGUAGCGAGGAGACCUCGCAUGUUCUGGAGAACCUGGACCCGGACACGGACUACACCGUCACCGUCACGGCCAUCUACCCGGACGAGUCGGAGAGCGAGGACCUGAUGGGGAACGAGCGCACACUGUUGAAGGCUCCAGACGUUCCUCCUCAGCCUCCGCGGAACCUGAGAGUCUUCAACGCCACCACGUCCUCGCUGGCCGUCAAGUGGGACCACGCCCCCGGACCCGUGCAGAGCUACAGGGUCACCUACAGCCCCACCGCUGGAGGAGAGCCGCUACUGGUGGAGGUCGGAGGGAAGAAGUCGACCACCACCCUGCAGAAGCUGCAGCCCGACACGCCGUACUCCAUCAGCGUCGCCGCCUCGUACUCCACCGGGAUCAGCAAGGCCAUCUCCGGAGACGGCAAAACCAAGCCUCUGGGUGGAGUGAGGAACCUGCAGGUUCUGAACCCCACCAUGACCACCCUCAACGUCCGCUGGGAGCCCGCCGAGGGCCGCGUCAAGGAGUACAAGGUCGUCUACGCUCCCGCCGCAGGAGGCCCCGAGAGCAUGGAAACGGUGUCACCGGGAACCACGGCCACUGUCCUGCGGGGUUUGCAGCCCGACACGCUCUACACCGUCUCCCUGGUGCCCGUCUACGCCGAAGGAGACGGGAAGGUCAUGUCUGAAAACGGAAAGACGAGGCCUCUGGGAGGAGUGAAGAACCUGCGUGUGACCGACCCCACCAUGACCUCCCUGACCGUGAACUGGGAACCAGCUGACGGAGCGGUCCGCCUCUACAAAGUCUUCUACGUGCCGAAAGCCGGCGGGCAGGAGCAGAUGGAGCAAGUUCCUGCUGGAACCACAACCAUCAUCCUCAGGAACCUGAUGCCCGACACGCCGUACACGGUGUCGGUGCUGCCCGUGUAUCCCGCCCGGGAAGGAAAACGCCAGUCCGAAGACGGAAAAACACUGCCUUUGAGUGGCGUUGGCGACAUGAGGGUGACCAAUCCCACCAUCACCACGCUCACCGUCAACUGGAACGCCGCCGACGGCAACGUGCAGGGAUACAAGGUCAUCUACUCGCCUGUCGAUGGAGGCUUGGAGAUCGUGGAGGAAGUUUCAGAGAGCACCACAUCAAUCGUCCUGCAGAAACUGCUUCCCGACACGCGCUACAAAGUGAUGGUGGUCCCCGUCUACGCAGAAGGCGACGGACCCAGUCUGUCCGACGUGGGAAAAACCCGCCCGCUGGGCUCCGUGAGGAACCUGCAGGUCACCGAUCCCACCACCAGCACGCUCAACGUUCGCUGGGAGCCGCCCGAGGGGAACGUUCGCGAGUACAUCGUGAUCUGGGCGCCGACUGCCGGAGGAGACCCCGACAACGAUCAGGUUUCCGGGACCACCACGUCCACCGUCCUGAAGAACCUGGACCCGGACACCGAGUACACCGUCACCCUGGUGCCCGUCUACCACGAGAUGGAGGGGAAGCCGCAGUCCGAGAAAGGGAGGACGAAUCCUUUGGGUGGUGUAAAGAACUUGCAGGUCAUUGACCCGACCUUCAACACCCUGACGGUCCGCUGGGACCCGGCGGUGGGCAACGUCCGGAGCUACAAGGUCUUUUACGCUUCUGAACCAGGAGGAGAAGAGAAAGUGGAGGAGGUCACAGGCGGCACCACCACAACCAUCCUGAGGAACCUAGAAUCCGACACGCCCUACAACGUGGCCGUUGUUCCCAUCUACCCUGACACGGAAGGCAUCAGGCAGGCCGAAAAGGGGAGGACAAGGCCCCUGGGCGGAGUGAAGAAUCUCCAGGUGACCGACCCCACCGUCAACUCGCUGAGGGUGCGCUGGGAGCCGGCCGAGGGCGACGUCAGGCAGUACCAAAUCAUCUACGUCCCCGCCGCCGGAGGCUCCGAGAGCACGACUCCGGUGUCAGGGAUGACGACCAACACGAUGCUGCGGGAGCUGCGUCCGGACACCGAGUACAAAGUGACGGUGGUGCCCAUUUACAGCGACACGGAGGGAAAACGCAUGUCGGAGAACGGAAAGACGAAGGCUCUGGGCGGCGUGAAGAACCUGCAGGUGACCGAGCCCACCACCAGCUCCCUCAAGGUGCGCUGGGAGCCGGCGGAGGGCAACGUCCGGCAGUACCGCAUCUUCUACGUGCCGGCGACCGGAGGCGCCGAGGACAUGGAGCAGGUUUCGGGCGGCACCACCAACACGGUCCUGAGGAACCUGCUGUCGGACACUCCGUACACCGUGACCGUGGUUCCCGUUUACCCCGAAGGAGAAGGUCUGCGCCAGUCCGACAACGGAAAGACACUGCCGCGUACGCCACCCAGGAACAUCCAGGUGUACAACCCCACCCCCAACAGCCUGAACGUCCGCUGGGAGCCCGCCUCGGGCCAGGUUCAGCAGUAUCGGGUGGCUUAUUCCCCCCUGACCGGGACCAGACCCGCGGGCUCGGUCCUCGUACCGGGAAGCGUCACCAACGCCUUCCUGGACAACCUGGUCCCGGAUACUCCCUACUCCAUCAGCGUCUCGGCCAUGUACGCCGACGCCGAGGGACCGCCGGUCGACGGCAAAGGCAAAACAUUACCCCGAGCCGGGCCCAGGAACAUGCGCGUGUACGACGCCACCACCAGCACGCUGACCAUCGGCUGGGACCACGCCGAGGGCCCGGUGAGGCAGUACAGGAUCUCCUACGCCCCCAUGACCGGAGACCCCAUCACUGAAUUUACCGUGGUACCAGGGAACAGGAACAACGCCCAGCUGCAGAAUCUCCUGCCGGACACCCCGUACAACAUCACCGUGGAGGCCGUGUACGCCGAGGGGCCCGGAGGGUCGCUCAACGGGAACGGACGCACAGUCGGCAUGUUGAGUCCCAGAAACCUGCGGGUGUCGGACGAGUGGUACACCCGCUUCAGGGUGGCCUGGGACCCCGUUUCUGCCCCCGUGCAGGGCUACAGGCUCAUCUACACCCCUCACGGCAAAAACCAGCCGAUCGAUUUCUUCGUGGGCGACGUGUCCUCGUACACGCUGCACAACCUGCAGCCUGGAACCACCUACGACCUCAAGGUGCUGGCUCAGUACCCCAACGGCAUCAGCGCCCCCCUGCCGGGCCAGGGAACCACACUCUACCUGAACGUGACCGGCAUCGAGACCUACAACGUCGGCCACGACCAAUUCUGCAUCAAGUGGACCCCUCACCGGGCGGCCACGUCCUACCGCAUCAAGCUGAACCCCGUGGACCCCUCCAGCCUCGGACAGCAUGAAGUCACCAUCCCCGCCGGCCUGCCUCAGUACUGCUUCGACGGACUGUCGCCCGAAGCCCUGUACACCGCCACCGUCUUCGUCCAGACGCCCAACCUGGAAGGACCGGGGGUCAGCGUCAACGAGAGGACCCUGGUGAAGCCGACUCCGGUUCCAACGCUGCCACCGACUCCUGCGCCUCCACCCACCAUCCCCCCUGCAUGGGCAGUUUGCAAAGGGGCCAAGGCGGACGUGGUGUUCCUGAUCGACGGCUCGUGGAGCAUCGGCGAGGAGAGCUUCAACAAGGUCGUCAACUUCGUGUCCGACAUGAUCGCCGCCUUCGACGUCAUCGGACCCUCGGGGAUGCAGGUGUCGUUCGUUCAGUACAGCGACGACGCAAAGACGGAGUUCAGACUCAACGCCUACCAGGACAAAGGCGUGGCCAUGUCGGCGUGCCACCAGGUCCGCUACAAAGGAGGGAACACCAAGACAGGAGUGGCGCUGAAGCACACGUACGAGAAGGCCUUCUCCGUGGAGAACGGCAUGAGGAGGAACGUCCCCAAGGUGGUGGUGACCAUCACCGACGGGCGCUCGCAGGACGAGGUGAAGAAGAACGCCGCCAAGCUGCAGCACGCAGGCUACAGCGUUUUCUCCAUCGGCGUGGCCGACGUGGACUUCGUGGAGCUGCAGGAGAUCGGCAGCAAACCCAGCGAGAGACACGUGUUCGUGGUGGACGACUUCGACGCCUUCAACACCAUCAAGGAAAACCUGGUCACCUUCAUCUGCGAGACGGCCAGCUCCUCCUGUCCCUUGAUUUACCUGAACGGCUUCACCUCACCUGGCUUCAGGAUGCUGGAGGCGUUCAACCUGACGGAGAAGACGUACAGCUACAUGAAGGGCGUCUCCAUGGAGCCCGGCUCCUUCAACAGCUACACGGCGUACAGACUCCACAAGGACGCCUUCCUGACGCAGCCCACCACAGAGAUCCACCCCAACGGCCUCCCCCACGCCUACACCAUCAUCCUGAUGUUCCGCCUCCUGCCCGACACCCCCGCCGAGCCCUUCGACAUCUGGCAGAUCUCCAGCAGCGACCACAAGCCGGAGACCGGCGUCACCAUUGACCCCUCCAGCCAAACGGUGUCGUUCUACAACAAAGACGAACGUGGAGAGACCCAGAGGGUCACGUUCGACAACAGCCAAGUGAAGAGGAUGUUCCACGGCAGUUUCCACAAGCUCCAUAUCCUCGUUUCAUCCACCGGUGUCAAACUCAACAUCGACUGCCAAGAAGUGGCGGAGAAGGAGAUUAAGGCGGCUGGAAACACGUCCAGCGACGGCUACCAAGUCCUGGGCAAGAUGUCCAAGUCCAUCGGCUCCAGAGGAGAAUCGGCAACUUUCCAGCUCCAGAUGUUCGACAUUAUCUGCAGCUUGGGCUGGACCAGCAAGGACAGAUGUUGCGACCUCCCGUCAAUGAGGGACGAGCUGAAGUGUCCCGCGCUUCCAAACUCCUGCACCUGCAUCUCAGAGUCUAACGGGCAGCCGGGCCCUCAGGGGCCAGUGGGAGCCCCCGGCAGCAAAGGUCCCCGAGGGGAGAGAGGAGAGGCGGGCCCUGCGGGACCCCUCGGCCCGAGAGGAGACAACGGACCGCCCGGGCCCAUGGGCCUGCCCGGCCCCCAGGGGCCCAUCGGCCUGUCCAUUCCAGGAGAAGCCGGCCGUCCCGGACCCAAGGGAGACCCCGGUGACUCUGGUCUACCUGGACAGAAAGGCUCACCUGGCCCUGCGGGACCCUCCGGCCCCAUCGGACCAGCUGGAGUGAGGGGUCCUCAAGGAAAGGAAGGACCAGCUGGACCCAGAGGCCCCGCAGGGCCCAUGGGACCGCCAGGUUCUCCUGGAAUACCGGGAUCUGCCGGAAAACCGGGAAACCCCGGAGACACGGGUUCACCCGGUGCUGCUGGUCCCAAAGGAGACAAGGGAGAGAGAGGCGACUUCGCUCCUCAGAACAUGAUGCGAUCCAUCGCCAGACAGGUUUGCGUGCAGCUCGUCAGCGACCAAAUGUCUCGCGUCAACUCCUUACUGAACCAGAUCCCCAACGGCAUGUACCGCAGCGCCACGCCGGGCCCCCCGGGGCCUCCCGGACCCCCCGGCAGUCAGGGGCCCCGCGGAGAGCCCGGCGCCGCCGGCAGGAACGGCUUCCCCGGGAGUCCCGGCUUACCCGGCCAGCAGGGAGAGCCAGGUCAAGCAGGAGAAAAAGGUGAACGAGGAGUUUCCAGUGUCGGACCCAAGGGACCGAGAGGACCUCCAGGUCCACCAGGAGAAUCCAGGACGGGCCCUCCGGGACCGCCGGGGUCUGCCGGACCCCGCGGACCCCCGGGACGUCCGGGCCAGGCUGGAAUCCGAGGGCCUCCCGGACCCGCCGGAUACUGCGACUCCUCUCAGUGCGUCGGUAUUCCUUACAACGGGCAGGGAUAUGCAGGCACCCGAGUCGUCCCGGUCCCAGCGGAGGAAGACCGCUCACAAAACCAGCGCCGAAAGAGAUCGCUAUCAAGAAAGGCGUCCGACAGGCUAACGUCAUAAAAACAACCCAUCUCCCCACUUCUCUGUUUCUCUUAGUUCAACCUGUGUCCGUUCUUGGGUUUAAUGCGCAGAAAUAAAAAAUGGGGUUUGACACCUCAGCUUUAUUGGAAAGUACCUUCAAAUGCUUAAAAUGUAUGUGAAUAUAGUUCUCUGUGUGGCAGGUGAAGGGUCUGGACGGACGGACGGACGGAGGGUGGGAGGGUCUUAUUUUGUUGGGCAGAAUUUAUUUUAAAUGGAAGAAAGAAAAACGUGCCUGUGAGCUUUCCUUUCCCACCUGUGUCUUUUUUUUUGCUUGUAACAUAUUUGCAUUGAGUUUGUGUUGAUGGGCAGUGUUGAACAGUGCACUCAUUGUAACCGAGCUAGCGAUGGUAGCGCCGAUAAGAAAACGUUCACAGCGUCCAGACAUCAGAAGAGGAACAAUAUCUGUUUUAUUUUUCUCCCUGUCACAGUUCACCCAGUAUGUUGAAUAUAUCCGCUGUCACUCGGCUCCGUGUCGUUCGGAAGGAGGUUCAGCUUCAGAUAAACACCGCUUUCAUUUUGUAUCUCUAGGCUUAGUAUUUAUCAGUUUUCCUUUACUCCGUCACAGCUAACUUUACCAAAGGUGGAAUUGCAUGUCUGUGGUGUAUAUUUAGUACAUGUUUGUGUUACAUUUCAAAUUUUUUUUUUUUUUUAACCAGAAUAUAGUUGUUGUCAUUCUUGUCAUUUUCUCAGUAUCGAAAGCGGUCGAAACCCUGCGUGCAAGACUAUGGAAAUGGUGUUGCUGCUUCAUGUUUUCACCGCAGAUUGUGAAUUCCACAGCCUUAUUUUCUUAUUUAUUUCUGAAAACAGAAGAGGCAUUUUUCAA